UCUGUACAAUGAACCUAUGCUGAGGAAAGCGUAAGGUUCUCCAUUCGUGUCCGGGGUAAAUUAGCAACGAUGACUCAAAUGUCUAGGCUGGAAAUAAAUGUCAGGCGGCUUCUGACACGCUGCGAACUAAUAGCGAAAGAUGACCCUCAUAAAGACUGGAAACUCGAAAAGUAUAUACUUGCUCUGGAUGACAUGAUGAAUAAGCUACAGACUUUACCAAAUAAACCAUCCAAAGAUUCUAUGAUGAGUUAUACCAAACGGAUAGACUUUUUGAAAGGAGUGAUAAACGCAAUGAAAUUGUCGAAUCCAGUAGAAAGAGUAGCUGCUGUGCAAUUGCUAUCGAAGAAUUCAACUUUGGUGAAUGAUUCUGCUAGUACAAAUAUUACAACGCAAAUACAUCAGAAGACCAUUGCAAAAUACAGUCGUGAAUUACGUGGAGAGUUAUUUCAUUCUGACAAGGGCAUAAACAAGGAUGGUGUGCGACAGAGACUAUCGAACUCUAACAUUCAAGAUGAAGAUUUAGAUGCUAUCCUGAAAUAUAAUCGUAACAUACAGGAAAAGAUCGCGGAAAAUAUGCUUUCUAUGACUAGUAACAUAAAGGAACAUGCAUUAGCAGCGAGUGCUAUCAUAAAAAAGGACAUCGGUAUGCUAGAAAAGUCGGAUAAAUUGACGGAUGUCAAUGCUGUUAAAUUGAAGAAGGAAUCUUUAAAACUGGAAGAACACACUCAUUCAAAGUGGAGAUGUUGGGUCUGGAUUAUGAUAGCUUUCGUCUUGGUCGUGUUUUUCAAUAUGGUGCUAUUCAUGAAAGUGGCGAGGAAGAGAGUUUAGGUAAUGAUUCAUACCUUUUAAAAAUGUACAUGUCGAUGACAAGUGUAAGACGUCUGUGUAUUGCGGCCAACAUGGCUGUGUGAGUCACUGGGUUGUUAUUAUGAUGAUAGGGGCUGCACAGUCAUGAGUAAUCUUGUAAAUACACCUGCACCACCCAAAACCGCUUGGAAACCUGGUAAAUAUUACAAAACAGUGAUAUAUUAGUUAAUGACUUUAUCCAGUAACUUUCAAUGUGACUCAUAGAUGGUUUGAUACAUAAUUAGGAUCAUUAUAAAGUUCCUGGAGCAUUCCUUAUCUUUUGACUGAGUGAUGGUUACUAAUUAAUGAUAAAAAUCUCUGACAUGUUUACAUAUGGUUCUGUAUGUAUAUAUAUCUCUAUGUAUUACAGAAUGAUGUAUUUA